UUGGUAGUUGCUGGUAGGAAACGACUCUUCCCGUUGCGUUUCUCUCUUUUCUUCCUCUUACACCAGCCACCGGCCCUGUUCUUUUUCUUCCAGGAAGAUUGGGAUCCGCUCAGUCAGUGUUUCUCGUAUCCUACCAUCUAUCUUCUCUUUGUGGUGCUACACAUCCAUGGCUUCCAUGGCUGUUGUACCCAUCACCACCUACAGUCCUCAGUACUCAUCUCAAUUAAGACCGCAAAAAUCGUUCUUGUUCCUCUCUAGGCCUGCCAAGAAAGGGAAGAGCGCUAGCUUUGCGACUGCGAGAUUGUUUGGACCUUCCAUAUUUGAAGCAUCGAAGUUAAGGGUUCUGUUCUUGGGGGUGGAUGAAGAGAAGCACCCAGGGAACCUUCCACGUGCAUAUACAAUUACGCACAGUGAUAUCACAGCUAAACUCACCCUUGCCGUGUCUCAAACUAUUAACAGAGCACAGUUGCAAGGAUGGUAUAACAAAUUACAGAGAGAUGAGGUGGUAGCAGAGUGGAAGAAGAUGCAAGGAAAAAUGUCUCUCCAUGUACACUGUCAUAUUAGCGGAGGCCAUCUUCUGUUGGAUUUCAUAGCUAACUUGAGAUUUUAUAUAUUCUGCAAGGAGCUUCCUUUGGUUCUAAAAGCUGUUGUUCAUGGGGAUGGUAACCUUUUCAGCAAGCAUCCAGAAUUGGAGGAAGCUCUAGUUUGGGUCUAUUUCCAUUCGAAUCUAAAGGAGUUCAACCGUGUGGAAUGCUGGGGUCCGCUCAAGAAUGCUGCAGAGGGCAGAGACUACCAGAAGGUUGAAGGCGGUCUCCCUGAAGAUUGGCCAAGGGUGGACAUCACAAGGAGACCAAGAAGAUGCGGCAAACCCUGCGCAUGCUGCUUCCCUUCCUCAUGCCUGAUCCCAUGGCCUCAAGACAUCAUUGAAUCUGGGGAGAUCCAGGAGUUGCAGCAGCAAGCUUGAGAGGGGAAAGAAUUCACCCUGCCAAGCUGUUCGACUCUGCUGCCUAGCUCCACUUGUUCCAAAUGAAAUCAUGGUGCAAGAGAGAGGGACUCGAGAAGAUCAUAUGUGUCUGCCAGUUUCUGCAGGAGGGAAGGAAGCCAGAGGUCAUGCAGUUAAAUGUAAAGAUUUAUUUUUGGGGAAGAAGCAUAGCAUGAAAUUAAUUGGUUAUCGUGGUUGAAAACAGAAGAAUAGUUUAGGUUGUAAAUAUAUUGCAAAAUAUCUAUGUAAAAUUGGUUCCAUGAAGUUGGCAACAUGGGUUAAUUGGUUACUGUUGUUCACUAUAGUGGUUGUUGCUGCUGCUGUUAUUGAAUAAUAAGGGAAAACCAUCAUUAAUCUCAA